UGAGCGUGCGCGGGCUCGUCGGCCGGCGAGGGAGCAGCAAACGGCCGGCGGCGGGCGCCGCGCGGGGGGCGGGCGGCGCGGAGGAGGCGGCGGUGGCCAUGGCCGAGGCGUCGCCGCAGCCCGGACGGUACUUCUGCCACUGCUGCUCAGUCGAGAUCGUGCCGCGCCUGCCGGAUUACAUCUGCCCAAGAUGCGAGUCUGGGUUUAUCGAGGAGCUUCCGGAGGAGACCAGGAGUGCAGAGAAUGGUUCAGCCCCCUCCACAGCCUCUGCGGACCAGAGCCGGCAGCAACCGUUCGAGAAUGUGGACCAGCCCCUGUUCACGCUGCCGCAGGGCUAUGGGCACUUUGCUUUCGGCAUCUUUGACGACAGCUUCGAGAUCCCCACGUUCCCCCCUGGGGCGCAGGCUGAUGAUAGCAGGGACCCUGAGAGCCGGCGGGAGCGAGAGCAGCACUCCCGGCACCGGUACGGCGCCCGGCAGCCCCGCGCCCGCCUCACCGCGCGGCGGGCCACCGGCCGGCAUGAAGGCGUCCCCACGCUGGAAGGGAUCAUCCAGCAGCUGGUCAACGGCAUCAUCACCCCGGCCACCAUCCCCAACCUGGGCCUGGGCCCCUGGGGCGUCCUGCAUUCAAACCCGAUGGACUACGCCUGGGGGGCCAACGGCCUGGACGCCAUCAUCACGCAGCUCCUCAAUCAGUUUGAAAACACGGGUCCCCCACCCGCAGACAAAGAGAAAAUCCAGGCCCUCCCCACCGUGCCCGUGACUGAGGAACAUGUUGGCUCGGGGCUGGAGUGCCCCGUGUGCAAGGAUGACUAUGGGCUGGGUGAGCAUGUGCGGCAGCUGCCCUGCAACCACCUCUUCCACGAUGGCUGCAUCGUGCCCUGGCUGGAGCAGCACGACAGCUGCCCCGUCUGCCGAAAAAGCCUCACAGGACAGAACACGGCCACUGACCCCCCGGGCCUGGCUGGGGUGAGCUUCUCCUCCUCCUCCUCCUCGUCCUCCAGCUCACCUGGCAAUGAGAACCCGGCCAGCAGCUCCUGAGCAAACCGGCUGACCAGCCCCCAGGGCAACAGCAGACAGCCCACGUGCCCACGGACUGCAGCGCCACCGGGCCCGCCGCGGAGGAGGCUCGGAGGACCCACCCUUCCAGGCUGCGGAGGGAGCUCGGCCUCCCCAGGGACAACCCGGCUGGGCCGGGCGCCCGCACACACUGCCCGGGCGUCCCACCUUCCCUCCCCUUGGUCUCUGACCUCACCCUCUACAUGUUCAACAGCGGAAAGGUUUUUAUAAUUUUAAAUUAUUACUGCUUUGAAAUAAAUGGACGUUUGAGUUCA